AUGACUCGGAGGCGGAGCAGGCCCAGCGGCGGCGCGGGCCGGCGCGAGCGGGCGCGGGCCACGGGGCUGCAGAAGCCCCAAGCGCCCGAGCCCCCGCCGCCGCCGCCACCGCCGCCGCCGCCGCCGAGCCUAGAAGCGGGAGCGGGUGCAGGGCCCCCAGAGGCGCCAGCCGAGCCUGACCGCGACGGCCUCAGGGAGGAGGACGAGCCCCAGCUGGCGCCCAGCCCGCAGGUCCCCCCCACCGCCAGCCAGUCUGUGCAGACUUGCUGCCUGCUCUGUCACCGGGAACGGAAAGGCUGGGAAGAAGGCCCUUCGCAAAAUGGACUGGUGUUGCAGGGUGAGAAGCUGCCCCCUGACUUCAUGCCAAAGCUCGUCAAGAAUCUGCUAGGCGAGAUGCCUCUGUGGGUCUGCCAGAGUUGCCGAAAGAGCAUGGAGGAAGAUGAAAGACAGACAGGUCGAGAGCAUGCAGUGGCGAUCUCCUUGUCACACACAUCCUGCAAAUCACAGUCUUGUGGGGGUGACUCCCCUUCCUCCUCCUCAUCCUCUUCAUCGUCCUCCUCCUCCUCCUCGUCCUCCUGCCAUGGGAACUCAGGAGACUGGGAUCCCAGCUCGUUCCUGUCGGCACACAAGCUCUCAGGCCUCUGGAACUCCCCGCACUCCAGUGGGGCUGUGCCAGGCAGCUCGCUUGGGAGUCCUGCCAUCCCGGGUGAGGCUUUUCCCGUCUCGGAGCACCACCAGCACCCAGACCUCACUGCUCCCCCUAACAGCCCCACCGGCCACCACCCCCAGCCAGCAUCUCUGAUGCCGUCUCACCUCGGCUCCUUCGGCUCACCGCCCCACUCACACCUGCUGCCCACCACCCUGGCAGCGCCUUUCCCCACCCAGGCUUCAGAGUGCCCUGUGGCUGCCGCUGCCACCCCCCACCCCCCAGGGCCGUGUCAGAGCCCCCACCUGCCUUCCACCAGCAUGCCGCUCCUGAAGAUGCCGCCGCCGUUCUCAGGGUGCAGCCACCCCUGCAGCGGGCACUGUGGUGGGCCCCUCCUCCCACCUCCGGGCUCUCAGCCACUCCCUAGCACUCCCAGCAGGGACCCAGGGUGCAAGGGGCACAAGUUUGCACACAGUGGCCUGGCCUGCCAGCUGCCCCAGCCCUGUGAGGCGGACGAGGGGCUAGGCGAGGAAGAGGACAGCAGCUCCGAGCGAAGCUCCUGCACCUCGUCCUCCACCCACCAGCGAGAUGGGAAGUUCUGUGACUGCUGCUACUGUGAGUUCUUCGGCCACAAUGCGCCACCCGCUGCCCCGACGAGUCGGAAUUAUACCGAGAUCCGGGAGAAGCUCCGCUCGAGGCUGACCAGGCGGAAAGAGGAGCUGCCCAUGAAGGGGGUUGCCCUGGGCGGGAUCCCUGGGGAGCCCGCCGUGGACCACCGAGAUGUGGAUGAGCUGCUGGAAUUCAUCAACAGCACGGAGCCCAAAGUCCCCAACAGCGCCAGGGCCGCCAAGCGGGCCCGGCACAAGCUGAAAAAGAAGGAAAAGGAGAAGGCCCAGUUGGCAGCAGAAGCUCUGAAGCAGGCGAGUCGUGUUUCUGGAAGCCGGGAACCGAAGCCUGCCAGGGAGAGGCUGGUGGAGUGGCCCGAGCAGGACCUGGAUCGGGUCAACAGCUUCCUGAGCAGCCGGCUGCAGGAGAUCAAGAACACUGUCAAGGACUCCAUCCGUGCCAGCCUCAGUGCGUGUGAGCUUGGCAAGGACAGCAACGGUUUCCCUAAUGAGGGGGCUGUUGAGCCUGAGCCCCAGAGUCUAACCCCCUUGAACCUCAAUGGCUCCUCGGAGCAACGGCCUGACAUCAACCUUGACCUAUCCCCCUUGACUUUGGGCUCCCCCCAGAACCACACGUUACAAGCUCCAGGCGAGCCAGCCCCACCAUGGGCAGAAAUGAGAGGCCCACACCCACCCUGGACAGAGGUGAGGGGCCCUCCUCCUGGUAUCAGCCCCGAGAACGGGCUGGUAAGGAGACUCAGCACCGUGCCCAACCUGUCCCGGGUCAUCUGGGUCAAGACACCCAAGCCAGGCAACCCUGAGGAGCUGAGCCCAAAGGAGCUCCCCACCUGCAAGCAGGAGCUGCCUGAGCCUGUAGCCACAGGUGGGAAGCCGCGGAAGGGCAAGAGACAGGGCAGUCAGGCCAAGAAGAGUGAGGUGAGCACAGCCCCCCGAGCCCCAGCCAGCCUAGAGGCCCCCAGUGCCAAGGGCCAGGCCUCUGGCCCCAGGCAACCAAGCAAGGGCCCAGAACCUCCCAAAGUGGGUGGCUGUGCUGAGGCUGGAGAGGGGAGCCGGGGGAGCAGGCCAGGACCAGGCUGGGCCAGCAGCCCCAAAACUGAGAAGGAGAAGGGCAGCUCCUGGCGGAACUGGCCCGGUGAGGCCAAGGCACGGCCUCCAGAGCAGGAGUCUGUGCAGCCCCCAGGCCCAGCAAGGCCGCAGAGCUUGCCCCAGGGCAAGGGCCGCAGCCGCCGGAGCCGCCACAAGCAGGAGAAGUCGGCCUCCUCCUUGGACGACGUGUUCCUGCCCAAGGACACAGAUGGGGUGGAGAUGGACGAGACGGACCGCGAGGUGGAGUACUUCAAGAGGUUCUGUUUGGAUUCUGCAAAGCAAACACGUCAAAAAGUUGCUGUGAACUGGACCAACUUCAGCCUCAAGAAAACCACUCCCAGCACAGCACAGUGAGGCGCUCUCGGGGCUGAGCUGCUGCAGGGUGUCCCGAGACCCUGACUGCCAGCUGAGGUCUGGGGUUUCUCCCUCCACAUCCCCCACCCACCUGCCGAAGACCCUCCCUGCUGCCGCCGUCCUGGACCAACCAAAAGCUGAACGGAUGCUGUGCUGUGCUGGGGACCCUCAGGACCUUGGCCGAGCCACUUCCUGGUGCUACGCAGCCUCCACACUCAGAGCCCAGGGACUGGGCUGGCCUGGGGCUGGGGCUGAUGGUACUGCUGGCCCGACACUGCUUUCUGUUUCCAUUUUGUUUUUGUUUUUGUUUGUUUUUAUCUUUUUGUUUUUUUCAAUUCUUUACUUUUGAUACUGUGAAGAUCUUUCAUGCUGAAAGAUAAAGCAACAUUUGGACACGGAGAUGGUGCAUUAGUGAUUCACUGGGCUGGGCAGGGAGUGGGCGAGGAGGGCGGUCACCUGCAGCCCUGGCCUCUCCCAGUCCUCACUCCCUCCUUUUACCCAUCUUAUGCUAAGGUGGGAAAGUGAGCUAGGGCUGGCCGCCGAGGGCUGAGCAUGGGCCGGCGGGACUGGCGUCAGUGCCUUUGCCUUGGGUUGGGAGGGCUGUGGUGGGGCCGCCCCUCUCCCUGCCGUCUCAGCCCCCUCUCUGCAAGCUUGGUGAGUCGGAGGCUUUGGACUCGGCCUCUGUGCAGCUGGAAGCUGGAGAGACCUUUGUGGACCGUGUGGCUGUGCCUGGGUGACUGGGGGAGACGAAGCUUGAUUUCCCCGUAGGAAUGGGAAUGCAGCCUAGGGACCUGACAGCUAAGACGGUAACAAGCCCUCUGUCGUUGACGCGAGCUAGCU